CCUCAGGCUACAACCUUAUCCAUUGAUUGGGCGCGCAUCAAAAAAGUAUACACAGCCUUGCAGUAACCGUCCGAGUCACAAAAUACCACAACGUUAAAGGACAUGACUCGCGAAUGAAGUGCCUUCGGAACCCCAUAUCACGAUCUUUACGGCCUUUCAUACGACACAGAAUUUUACAGCAAGCUGCUCCUGUUACGGUUACGACCAGCUAUUUGCACUAUCGACACUCGUCGUCAACACCGGCACUCUCUCAAGAGUCUUUAGAUAUGGCUUCCGAAGCUCCUAAGGCCCCCGAGGCUCCCAAGGCCCCCAGAGCCCCCAAAGCUCCGAAAGCUCCCAAGUUCGAGCUGAAGACGCCAAAGGGGACAAAGGACUGGCAAGGAACUGAUAUGGUCAUUCGCGACAAGAUCUUCUCCACCAUUACCGACGUCUUCAAGCGCCACGGAGCUGUCACUAUAGAUACACCAGUAUUUGAACUGAAGGAAAUCCUGUCCGGCAAAUAUGGAGAAGAUAGCAAGCUCAUCUAUGACCUGGCCGACCAAGGUGGCGAAAUCUGCUCGCUCCGAUACGAUUUGACGGUACCAUUUGCUAGAUGGUUAGCCAUGAACAGAGACGUCCAGAGCAUCAAGCGCUAUCACAUUGCGAAGGUCUACAGGCGUGACCAACCUGCCAUGACCAAGGGCAGAAUGAGAGAAUUCUACCAAUGCGAUUUCGAUAUUGCUGGGACAUACGACGCCAUGCUCCCCGACGCUGAGAUUGUGAAAAUCACCACUGAAAUCUUCACUGGCUUGGGAUGGGACGGCCGCUACACAAUUAAGUUGAACCACCGCAAAAUUUUAGACGGAAUUUUCCAGGUUUGCGGUGUUCCAGGAGACAAAAUCCGUACUAUCUCGUCUGCGGUUGACAAGCUUGAUAAGCUGCCCUGGGUCGAUGUACGCAAGGAGAUGACGGAAGAAAAGGGUCUCGAUGGAGAGAUCGCAGAUAGGAUUGGCGAAUAUGUCGUACUAAAGGGACAAACCGACCUAUUAACUAAGCUCAAGGCUGAUGAGAAGCUAAUGGCCAACGAAUCCAUGAAGGCCGGAUUAGCAGACAUGGAUCUCCUAUUCAGCUAUCUUAAGUCUUUUGAUGCGCUCGGCAAUGUUUCGUUCGACCUUAGCUUGGCUAGAGGCCUGGACUACUACACCGGCCUCAUCUAUGAGGUUGUUAUGGAAGGUUCUGCACCUGGCUCCGCGCCAGUCACGUUAGCUACAACAUCUGCAGCUACGGCGGCACCUCCUAAGCCGUCCAAGAAGCCAUCGAGGUCAAAGGGCGCAGAUGGUGAAGAGGACAGAUCAAAUGAUCCUAGUGUAGGCGUUGGUAGUGUUGCCGCCGGUGGCAGAUAUGACAACCUUGUUGGCAUGUUCUCCGGGAAGAAUCAAAUCCCAUGUGUCGGAAUCUCUUUCGGUGUUGACCGUAUUUUCUCUAUCACAAAGGCAAGGAUGGAGGCGGAAAAGAACGAUGUUAAGGUGCGAAACAACGAGGUUGAUGUCUACGUAAUGGCAGUUGGCGGUAAGGGCUUCACUGGCCUCUUACAAGAGCGUAUGGCCAUCUGCGCUCAGCUAUGGAAGGCUGGCAUUAAGGCCGAAUUCAUGUACAAGGUUAAGCCAAAGCUACAACAACAAUUCAAGGCGGCAGAGGACAAUGGUGUGCCGUUUGGUGUCAUCUUCGGUGAGGAUGAGUUCGCGAAGAACCAGGUCAAGAUUAAGGAGUUGGGACUCCACCUCCCCCAAGACCACCCAGAUAAGGACGGCGUUAUAGUAGAGAUCAGCAACUUGGCAGAUGAGAUCAAGCGCCGCAUUGCGAAUCAGACGGGUGUGGCUGCCUUAACAGAGAAAACAGAGGGCCUAAAGGUAGAGGCUGCAGAGUCUGUAGAUGUGCCUGCAGGAGCUGCAGCGUAGAGUUACAUAUAAGCGUAUGCAAAUACCAGAAAUAUCAGGAUAGUUGAGCCAUUAAUAGAAUUUGAAGUGUCCACUGCACUAACCUGAGAGAAACGCGGUACUUUUGCGAAGAAUAUCAAUAGUGC